AUGCAUAAUGUGAAACGUCAAAUUGGGUCUGUCAAUGUUUUAUAUGUUGUUGACUUGUUGUUCAGCUCCAGUUGUUCUCUUCCACAGGAGAUGAAAUACCUCUGCAUUCCUGCUGCUGAUGCCUCCAAACAAAACCUGUAAGUGUGUGUGUGUGUGGGUCUGUGUUUGUGUGUGUGUACGAUGUGUGUGUGUGUACGUGCCAGGUGCGUUGGUGUGUGUGUACGUGUGCGUGGUUAAUUAACAAAAAAUAUACAUUACAUUUUACAUCCCCUAAAUGUUGGUUUAUUAGCUCAAACUGCAGUCCUAGUCCAAGCUUUAUAUCUGUCUUCAGGACCCCGUUUUUUAAGGACAGCAUCGUAUUCAUCCAUGAGUCCAGACUCAAAGGGAAAGGCUGCCUGGUCCACUGGUGAGAAUUGUUUAUGUAUUGAUAUUUGAUUGAAUGUAUUGAUGACAUUAUAAUUUCUGUAAUUGAUUGACUGAUGUGUUCCCAGUGUGGCAGGUGUGUCCCGUAGUGUUACGUUGGUGGUGGCGUACAUCAUGACAGUUACUGGGCGGGGCUGGGUGGAGUCGUUAGCUGCGGUGAGGGUGGUACGGCCUUGUGCUGGACCUAACGUGGGGUUCUUACGCCAGCUAGAGGACUUUGAGAACCUAGAGGUGGCACAGGUCAGUGACAGUCGUCUUUAUUGCUCUUUUCUUCACCCACUGAUUAUUGCCUCUCUCUCUCUCCUCCUCUCAUCUAUUUAUCUCUCUCUCACAAGUUCUCUACUCUUUCUUGGGUCUUCUCUCUAUCAAUCUCUUUCUCUGCUCCCUCUCAUCUUUCCCUCUCUUAUGACUCUCUCUCUCCUCCUCAACUCUCCCUCUCUUGUGACACUCUCUCCUGUCUCCGUCUCUGUCCUCAGUAUAGGGUAUGGUUUAAGGACAGGUAUAAGGAGAACCUUUUUAAUGAUGAAGAGGAGAUCGGAGCCCUUCUGUUGCAGAAGUCUCAGGCCAUCAGUGAGUCCAUAGCAACGGCCACAGCAACAGCAGCUCAGCUAGCUACCAGCAACACAUGA